GCACGCGGCGGACUACAACAGUCGAAACCGGUGCUCUUCGGUGAGUGGACGGUGCUGCCGUUGUUUUUCGUUUUUUUACAAAAUCGAUUAGACAAUUUUACCGUUUCCGAUACCGCUAUAGAGCAUAAAAAUUAUUGGGGUCUAACGCGUUGAUGAUUUUUUAUCUAGUAUUCGAUUCGUUUUUUUUGAAUUAUUGAAAGUUGAAUUUAACCAACUAAUAUUAAAGUCAAAAUGGAAAACGCAACGACUGACUAUUGUACUAUGUUUGCCAAGGAAGGGCUGGUGGUUGACGGAUACAUAGUGUCUCCGAAUGAAGUACAUAAACGAGCCAGCAUCAGCCAAGAACGAGAACUGUCAAAGAAAACUCAAGACUCCCAAUCGAACUGUAUUAAAACGUAUUCACUAUUAGAAUACCAUGAAGUGGAACCAUACUUACAAUCAAAUCCGUAUAUUACCUCAGGUUACAGAAAUAAAUUAUCAACUAAAAAGUGUAUAGAAAGUAUAUUUUGGCUAACGAAUGAAACUAUCAAUAUAUGGUCUCAUUUGUUUGGCUGGAUGUUGUUUUUUGGCUUAACUAUUUAUGAUCUUAUGAUAGUGGAUAUUCGAGCUUCUCAAUUUGACAGACUCGUUGUGGUACUUCUUCUAGGAUGUUUUCAG